AUGGAAAGUACGAAUGAUUUACAUCCAUCAUUUAUUUCUCCAUUUUCUGAUAAUCAAGCUCGAGCGUAUGAAAUCGAUUAUCAAGUACCAGUUGAAUAUCAAAUGGGCAUGCAAAUACGUGAAAAAUUACCUCAAGUGAAUUUUUCAACGUUAAAUGAAGAUACAUUAUUUUUUUUAUUUUUUUUAUUUGGUAAUGAUUAUGUGCAAUUAUCAGCUGCAAAUGAAUUGUAUAAACGUGAUUGGCGUUAUCAUAAAGAUGAACGUAUAUGGUUAACAAGAAUAAAAAAUAUAAUGCCUGAUCAAAAAUAUGAUACAUAUGAAACAGGUGUUUAUUGUGUAUUUGAUGUUCAGCUUUGGCGUAAAACACAUAAAAGUAUGCGAAUUGAUUAUGAUAAACUAGAUGGUCCUGUUGUAAAACAACAUCCAGAUUUACUUGCAUCAAAAUUUCUUCAACAACAAUAUACGCCUAUAACAUCGUAUAAUACAAACUCAUCUAGAUAG